AUUCCUUUUUUUCGUCCUUCAUCUCAUCACCUGUCCUAAAAUUCCAUUUUUGUUACAAUCUCUCCUAUAAAAUCACUGUAUUCCAUUAUACUAUUUCAUUUUCUUUUUACUCAUCAACUGUGCUUUCUCAUUAUAUCUAAUUCUUUAUAGCAUUCCGGGUAACAGAGCAUUGUUACUCAUACCAAAGGACAAGGUAAGUUUCUUGCAAGAUCGUGUUUCUUCCUGAAUUGGUCUUGGUGUAGAAAGAAUCGAAAAAUUCCCAUUCAGCAUUCUAUUUCUUCUACUAAUAUUCAGAUUCAUAACAUCUGAAUUUUCGGAGCGGUUCUGAAAGUAGAAACCUUCAAGUCGCUAACAAUAUGCUGCAGUUAUUCGUUUAUGGUCCGGGACUUGGCUUACCAAGUUUAGAUCCAAGUUGCUUAGCAGCUAUCUUGUACUGUUCACUUGCUGUUCCUAAAGAUGAGUUUGUAAUUUAUCAAACCGCAAAUGCCAGUAUGAGUCCGACGCAAAAGCUCCCCGCCUUGUGGGACGGACAUGCGUGGAUAGGAUCGUUAAAAAACGUUUUAUUUUAUUUGAAGCAGAAAGGAUACGAUCUGGACAACGACUUAGACAAAGAGGCCAUCAGUAAAAUUACCGCGUUUUCUUGUCUUUUGGAGAGAAAUGCUUAUGAUUUAUGGCUUUUCAAAGCCUAUGUGUGCGAAGACAAUUAUGUUCGUGUCACGCGUCCCGAGUGGUCCAAGGUGCUUGGAUUUCCUUAUAACUAUUUGACUCCGAAUGCAUUUCAAAAACACGCAAAAGAGCGCCUGACCUUGACACUAGGAAUUAGUGAUGAUAAAACCUCUUACGAAGCUUCAAGAAUGCCAAUUUCCCAUAGAUGGACAAAUGCCUCUCGCCAGAAACAAGCAUUGUUACAAGCCCAGGCUUUUCGGAUUAGAAUGUCUUCUCUUGCUCGACAGCUGUACGGCUCAUUGGAACUUUUGAUUGGCGAUUCUGAAUUUUUAUUUGGUGAAAAUCCUACUUCUCUUGAUUGUCUCCUCUAUGCCUUCCUUUCUUUCCACACGCUUACCGAAAACUUUGACCAAUUAACCUUACGAAGUACAAUGCAAUCGUCUGCCCCGAAGUUGUUUCAUUUGCUCGAAUCCUUAAAAGCAAGAUGGUUCCCAUCUUCUCCUUCAAAUGGCUUACUCUCUAAAGUUUCCAUCGAAAAGCAACCUCAAAACCUUCUAGCUCUAGCGCGACUUGCAUGGAACAACGUGUCUACAAAAGUUGAAGAAGCCAAGGCUUCUUUCCGUAACGUUUCUAUUUCUCCUCAAAAGCGGGUAUCGUUGGCUAGAAAUGGUUUUUUCAUUCUCGCUUCCACUUUUGGCUUUGUUUGGUUCGUUUUAGCAAACGGCAUAGUAGUCAUUGAAAGCGAAGAAGAUGCGGAUUUGGAUGACUUGAGAGAGGAACCAUUCCCUACGCCAAAGACUGAAUUUAGGUCCGAAAAAACAGAUCAAGCUCUAGAUGACGAAGUUAGAGGCGAAGCUUCUUCACAGCCAGAAGAAAAAGAGAAUGAUGGCUUGCAAACCCCUUCUAUGUCAGCAGAAGAUCUUUUAUUCGGUUUUGAAGGUGAAGACGAAGACGGUUAUGACGAUUGGGAAGAAGAGGAAAUGGAUGAUGAAGAGGAGCAGGAUUUUGAUGAAGCUGAUGCUGAAAUAGCUUAAUUGAAAACUUACGGAAUGGAAAAAGAUCUCAUUUUUGGGUAAUGACACAGAUUUCCAGGUUACUUCUAUUUUAUUUUCCAUAAGAGUAGCUAUGGAAUUAAUAACGCUUGUUAAGAGUCAAAUCAAAUAUAAAUAAAUAUAUAUAUAAAAUAUAAUCGUUAAUAAUACAAGGUAAAAAAGAGUGUACUU